UGCUAUUUACAAUUUAACGCACGAAAAUUCGUGUUUCCAGUGGUGAGUGCGAAUAUCUAGUUUACGUGGAAUACGUGAAGGCAGCACCGUCAAGGAGAAUGGGCGGACUUUCAACACCAGACCGCACGGACAAAUGAAAAUGAUGUACCGUGGCUUUAGUGUUUUGACAGCAAAGUGUGCCUAAAGUGGUCGUGAUUGGUGGUUUUGACCAAGAUAUCCCACUCUAGUGAGCACUCAAAUCUGAGUGGCCGGUGUGUGUGAGCCAGCAGCAGCAGCAGCAGCAGCAGCUUGAUCUCAGAAGCUCUCAGUGGGUCUCCCUGUUGAAGUGCUUUCUUUGACAUCGUGAUCAGCCCCAGAGGCUGUGCUUCCAGUGGCUUUCGCUGCACUAACCACCCACGUCUAACGUCAUCAUGGGGGAAGUAGUCCAUAUGCACUUCACCAUGGCGGACUACAUCAUCUUUGCCUUGCUGCUGGUGGCCUCAGCUGGCAUCGGCCUCUUUUAUGCCUUCUCCGGUGGGCACCAACGCACAACACAGGAAUUUCUGAUGGCUGACCGCUCCAUGAGCUGCCUGCCUGUGUCUUUGUCCCUGCUGGCCACUUUCCAGUCAGCUGUGGCCAUCCUGGGUGCUCCGUCAGAGGUCUACACCUUUGGAACUCAGUACUGGUUCCUGGGCUGCUCCUACUUCUUGGGCCUGCUCAUCCCAGCUCAUGUUUUUAUACCAGUCUUCUACAGGCUACAGCUAUCCAGCGCCUAUGAGUAUCUGGAGCUGCGCUUUAACAAGACGGUUCGCAUAUGUGGGACUGUGACAUUCAUCUUUCAGAUGGUCAUUUAUAUGGGGGUGGUACUAUAUGCUCCAGCCUUGGCACUCAAUGCAGUGACAGGUUUUGACCUAUGGGGGGCAGUACUUGCCAUGGGAUUGGUGUGCACUCUUUAUACUGCUCUGGGGGGCCUGAAGGCAGUGAUCUGGACCGAUGUGUUCCAGACAGUGGUGAUGUUUGCAGGCCAGCUGGCGGUUAUUGUAGUGGGGGCCGGUCAGGCAGGGGGCAUAGGUGAGGUCUGGAGGAAAGCAGUCAAUGGCAGCCGCAUUUCAGGACUAGACCUGAACCCUGAUCCUCUAGAGCGUCAUACCUUCUGGACUCUGGGUGUGGGGGGAAUCUUCCUGAUGCUGGCUCUGUACGGGGUAAACCAGGCCCAGGUCCAGAGAUACCUCAGUUCACGCACAGAGAAGGAAGCUGUCAUGUCCUGCUAUGUUGUUUUCCCAUGCCAGCAGAUAGUCCUGUGUUUGGGUUGUCUGAUGGGUCUUGUCAUGUUUGCUCGGUAUGGAGAGGACAGCCCUCUGGAUAAGGGCUAUGUCAAAACUAAUGACCAGAUGGUGCUAUACUUUGUGAUGGAUGUAUUCAAGGAUCUGCCUGGGCUCCCAGGGCUGUUUGUAGCCUGUCUCUUCAGUGGAGCUCUCAGCACCAUCUCAUCAGCCUUCAACUCCCUAGCAACAGUAACUAUGGAGGACCUGAUUAAACCUCAUUUUCCAAACAUGACUGAAGCUAAAGCCACACUGCUGUCCAAGGGACUUGCUUUGGCCUAUGGCCUGGUGUGUCUGGCUAUGGCCUACCUCGCCUCCAUCAUGGGAUCUGUGCUGCAGGCAGCCUUCAGUAUCUUUGGGAUGGUGGGUGGUCCCCUAUUGGGCCUCUUCUGUCUGGGAAUGUUCUUCCCCUGGGCAAACCCAAUUGGUGCAGUGGUUGGAUUAAUAGCGGGCCUUGCCAUGGCCUUCUGGAUUGGCAUUGGUAAUUUUGUGAUUCGUAUGUCUGCUCUCACCCCAGUACCUACACUAAACACUACUGCUCUACCUCUGUUUGACAACAUGACGACCAUUGUAACUACUUCACUGGUCAGUGCCACCACUGCCAAGCCAAGGCCGACAGGUGUGGAGGCGUUAUACUCAUUGUCCUACAUGUGGUACAGUGCUCACAACUCAACCACUGUGGUAGUGGUUGGACUUAUAGUCAGCUUGCUAACAGGACCUAUGAAGGAGAAGGAGCUGACCCCUGGCACAGUGUAUCCGGUCCUGGGCACACUGCUCUUCUUUCUGCCUGAGCACUACCGAGAAAAGCUCUGCUGUGUCACUCCUCUGGCUCAGAAGCCCAAAGAAAUCAACACACAGCCUUAUCAGAUGGCCAAGAAAGAUGGCAACGGAGCAGCUUACUGCAAAGACGACACAGUCACAGAGGGUGACAGAGCAAAAACAGAAGAAGACUUGGAGACAAGGAUCGCUCUGCCCUCAUGCCAGCUGACAGCUCACACAGUUCAGGAGACAGCCUUGUGAUCAUUUUUGCCAAUUAUUAAUAACACACACAUUCACACCUUGAAUGCCAGUUUUUGUAUGAUCCAGUUUCUUUAAGGGAGGUGCAAAUACUCAUAGAUGUGACAGAAUCGGUUGAAUCUUAUUAUAGUAAGGGCUUACAGACUUCAGUAUUUAUGUGGGGAAAAGAUGUUUUUUGGUACCAACCUAAACUUCUUUCUCAAAUGACAUAACAACUGAAAAUCAACUUUUGCCAGGCUGGAACAGUGCAUAAGCCCAAAAGGCAGCAACCAAUGAAGAAACUAGUCAGUUGAGCACAGGCUUUUUGGUCUGUCCAGAUAUGUGCAGAUGUACCGUUAGGUCCACCACCACAAUAGAUUUGAAACACAGGCAUCAAGAUGUGAUUGAAGUGUAGACUUUCGGCUUUAAUUAGAAAGGGUUUAACAAAAGGGUUUAACAAAAAUAUUGCACUAACCGUUUAGGAAUUAGCCAUUUUAAUACAUACUCCUUCAUUUUAAUUGGCUAAAAAGUAAUUGGACAAACCAACAUGAUUAUAAAUAUAAGGAUUACUUUCAAAACUUGGAUGAAAAUCCUUUGCAGUCAAUGACUGCCUGAAGUUUGGAACCCAAGGACAUCACCAAAUGCUGAGUGCCCUCCCUUGAGAUGCUGUACCAGGCCUUAACUGCGGCUGCCUUCAGUUGCUGCUUUUUUGUGGGACUUUCUGCCUUCAGUUUUGUCUUCAGGAAGUGAAAGCA